CACGAUAAACUUUCAUCUUUCAAUCGUCGACCAUAUUUUGUGCAUUGUGCAGAAUUGGUGAGUGAAGUGAUCGGAGUUUUGUUUCUUGCAAAUCGUUGCCCCGGUAGAAAAAGAAUCAAUCAAAAUGCAGGGAUUAAGCCUGGCUAGUCUUAGAAAAAAUCCAGCCUUGAUUCCGCUGUAUGUUUGCGUUGGCAUUGGUGCCAUUGGAGCUGUUUACUACACCGCUCGUUUGGCUCUUCGUAGCCCCGAAGUCACCUGGAGCCGAAAGAACAACCCGGAGCCGUGGGAGGAGUACAGGAAUAAGCAGCAUAAGUUCUACUCUCCGGUCAGAGAUUACAGCAAGGUCGAAAGCCAGGCCCCCAAGUUUAGCGAAUAAAUCUCGUCCUGCAGAGGAACAACAAUAAUGUAGCUUCGUUCCACACUAGUGUCCGAAUGGCAUCUGAGCGUGAAUUAGGAACACCUGCGUUCCAGAGUACCAGUUUCACCAGGAUGCUAAAUUUUGGUGAUUAAUAAGUAUCAGAAAUAAAAGUUUAUUCAUGAAACUGAACAUAA